AUGCACUCUUUCCAUAAGUUGCUUGGUGUCUCGUUCUUGCUUGGGUCUCUGACCUCUGCGCUGGCUAUGCCCUCUGGUCAUGCUAUUGACCUCGAUGCCAAGCACAAGUACCCUGUUCGAGAAGUCGGGGACGAGUUGAACUCCGUCAGUGUUCAACCCAGCGCGACGAACUCUGUUCCUGCCUCGCCGUUGCAGUCCGAUGUUAUCGUCAGCAACAUCAGCUUCAACAGUUCCUCUACCAUCGGCGACCUCGCAAACAACCAUACCAUGAUCACGGCCAACCUCUGCGUUAUUCUGGGCGUCAACUACACGGAUCCUGCGGCUAACUUUACUCAGGCGGUCAACAAUCAGACCCAAGCUCCGGAACAUAUCGGUCGUAGCGUCUUCCUGCGUCUCUUGUGCAAGUGCAUCGAGACCCAGACCCGCACCAUGCCCGAGACUUGCAAACCUGUCGGCGAUACCCCGGACACCUUGCCAGCCAUCUUGAGCAGCCUAGAUGUCGAUGGCCGUCCUAACCAAGGUAGCACCGGCGGACAGGCCAACGGCGGUGCGCAAGACGGGAACGCUCCUGCCCCUGCCAACAAUGCGAAUACUGGAUCUGGCUCUACUGGCGGCCAGACUUCUGGCGGUGCUCCGACUCAUGGCGCAGGCUCUGGUAGCGCGAACGGCGCAGAUGGAGCUCAGCAAGGCGGCUCUCAAUCCAACUCUCCUCACACUGGUGCUGAUCGCGGCCGUCAACCUCCCUCUGGAAGCGGCCGUCAAGCGGGAUCACCUCAAGGUCAGGACACCAAUGGAUCUGCCAGCGGCUCCCCUCCUCCUCAGCCUCAAGCCAACGAGAGCACUGGUGGUAGCGGCAAUGGUGGUAACGCAAACGGCUCCGGCGAUAGCUCCUCCCGCCCUCAGCCUCAAGCCAACGAGAGCACUGGCGCUAGCGGCAACGGUGGUAACGUAAACGGCUCCGGCGAUAGCUCCUCCCGCCCUCAACCUCAAGCCAACGAGAGCACUGGCGGCAGCCGCAACGGUGGCGAUACUCAAGGAUCGACCAACGGGCCCGCUAAUGGAAGCAACACCGCGGACACCAACGGAUCUGGCGGCAACGGCGGCGCUCAGGCAUCUAAUGGCAACACUGCUCAGCCUCAAGCGGACAGCGCCAGCCAGUCCGGUGGUCAAGGUCAUCCCGCUGAAAGCAGUCCUUCCAACAGCGGCGCGACUGGUCAGAGCGGCACGGGCAGCUCUUCAAGUGGUCCUAGCGGUGCGACAUCGAGCAGCACUAGCAACAACGGUUCUCCGAGUGGUCCUAGCGGCUCCACGUCAGGCAGCCCCAGUAACAAUGAUUCGCCAAGUGGAAGUUCCUCGGACACUUCAAGCGGCCCGUCUACCGGCUCUGGAAAUGGUGGUUCGACGUCCUCUGAAGGCUCGCAGACUGGCGGCAGCGGCAACGGCGGAGACUCGAACGACGGAAACCGAGGUCCAGCCAUUGCUCUUCCCAUUCGCCUGCCCAGUCUUUCCGGCGUAUCUGCUGCCGGUGACAACCUCCCUACGGCUAGCAUGCCUGCCACUUCCCCCGACGCGUCAUCUGCGAGCAACAAUAUACCCGCCCCCGACUCCGCUGGUACUCCAUCCAGUCCUGUCGCGUCCGGAAAUGCCAACGCUCAGCCUACUGACGGGGCCAAGGCGCCCUCAAAGCUUUGUGCUCGGUUGAGUAAGCGAGAGAGGGAGACUUUCGAACAGCGCCCGUCUAUGGAACGGUGA